GCCGCCUCCGUCCGCCCCGCGCGCCGCUGCCCCGGCCCGCGUGCCACGGCCUCGCCAUGUCCGCCGCCAUGAGGGAGCGGCUCGACCGCUUCCUGCACGAGAAGAACUGCGUGACCGACCUGCUGGCUAAGCUGGAGGCCAAGAGCGGUGUCAACCGCCGCUUCAUCGCGCUCGGUGUCAUCGGGCUGCUGGCCUUGUACCUGGUGUUCGGCUACGGAGCCUCCCUCCUCUGCAACCUGAUCGGGUUCGGAUACCCGGCCUACAUGUCGAUGAAGGCCAUUGAGAGUCCCAACAAGGAGGACGACACGCAGUGGCUGACCUACUGGGUGGUGUACGGCGUGUUCAGCAUUGCCGAGUUCUUCUCCGACCUCUUCCUGUCCUGGUUCCCCUUCUACUACAUGCUCAAGUGCGGCUUCCUGCUGUGGUGCAUGGCCCCCAGCCCCUCCAACGGCGCGGAGCUGCUCUACCGGCGAAUCAUCCGCCCCUUCUUCCUAAAGCACGAGUCCCAAGUGGACGGUGUCGUGAAGGACCUGAAGGACAGAGCCAAGGAGACCGCGGAUGCCUUCGCCAAAGAAGCCAAGAAGGCAACGGUGAACUUGCUGGGCGAUGAGAAGAAGGGCACCUAGGCCUCCCCGGCCGAGCCCCGCGCUCCUCGCACUGCGUCCAGUGGGGACUGGGCUGUCACCCUCUGUAUGCGUGUCUUGGGAUGUGUCCUCUAUGUAAACACACGCUGGAAUGUAUUGUGUUGCUGACUUUUACUGUCUAUAUAAUACGGAAUGUGUUAACUUAAAUUUAAUGCAGUAGACAGCGCCCAAAGUUUUGAAAAUGUAGUUUGCCUGUGGGUAUCAAAAGAUGUUAUUAUCCCUGCAGGAAGUAUAAAGUUAAAAUAAACGACAUGUCCCACAGCCA